GCCUCUCCCUCUCUCUCUCUCUCUGUCUCUCUAUCUAGCCUUUCCAGGCCUCCAUUUCCGAUGUCGAAGGACCAGAACCAGCAGACUCAGAACCCGUUGCAGAUAAUCUUUAAAGCGUCGGAGACUUGCGCACAAUACAUUCAGAAGCAUCUCUCGCAUUUCAUUCCAAACAUACACUUCCAAUCUCCAAUACAACCACAGCGCCCCUCUCCAAGUAGUCAGCUUACACUUCUCCAAACCAAAGAGGGGUUUUCCAAGGAGCAGUCUGCUAAGCCUUUGACUAAAGAAGAGCUUGGAAGGUCCACUUGGACUCUGCUACACACAAUUGCAGCGCAGUUUCCUGAUCAUCCGACUAGGCAACAAAGAAGAGAUGUAAAAGAACUGAUGGAUAUAUUAUCUCGGAUUUAUCCUUGUAAGGAAUGCGCAGAUCACUUCAAACAAGUACUUAGAGCAAGUCCAGUACAGGCAGGAUCACAGGCUGAAUUCGCCCAGUGGCUUUGUCAUGUGCACAACGUUGUAAACAGAAGCCUUGGAAAACCUAACUUCCCAUGCCAGCGAGUAGAUGCAAGAUGGGGUAAACUGGACUGCAAAGACCGUGCAUGUGAUCUACAAGGCAUUACUCUAGACUUUGACAAGUGGACAAACACAUAAUACAAUUAUAUGGAUUGUAUGCAAGUCAUUUGAUGACACUAUUCUCGGGAGAGGAAAUUAUAUUUGGUAUAAUUCUUAUCGUUGCUACCAUCCCUGAUUAAUGAGGAGUUCUGAGAUGCAAUGAGGGUAAACAGUA